AAAGGGAGAGAGAUGUCACCCAAAUUACCUACAGAAACAGUGAGAAGAGCAUCUCUUCUGGAUUUUUAGGACACAGAAGACCUUACUUUGCUACUACAACAUUCUUUUUUUCUUCCAAGAUAGAAAUGUGAAGCAACAACAAUGACUUUCUCAAUCAGUAACAGAUAUACCCAGAUCUUCCACAGCCAAACAGAACAGAUCAAACCUUUUUUUUAGGCUGGCUCUAGAAGACCCAGAUUCUGUUUGACUAUCACCUUUUUGGAUAAAUAUUUUGGGGUUCAGGAUGAAUAAGACAAGGGCUAUUAAUGAUGGUUUUCCUUUCCUGAACAGUAAGAACUGGAGCUCAAACAGAAGCUUCCCUGUGCACAUUUCUAAUCAGUGCAGGAACAUCACUGACCUUACUGUCUUUCUGGCCACCUCUUACAGCUUGGAGACUGUCCUCGGCAUUGUCGGAAACAUCUGUCUGAUUGCUGUCAUUGCGAAGCAGAAGGAAAAGGCCAAUGUCACCAACAUUCUAAUUUCCAACUUAAUAAUUUCAGACUUGUUUAUGUGUCUUGUCUGUCUACCUUUCACCAUUGUUUACACCAUGAUGGACUACUGGAUAUUUGGGGAAGUCAUGUGCAAAAUGACCUCUUUCACUCAGUGCACAUCUGUGACUGUGUCAAUUCUUUCCCUUGUCCUGAUUGCUCUGGAAAGACACCAGCUCAUCAUAAACCCUACUGGCUGGAGGCCAAGUAUCUCCCAAGCCUAUUUAGGAAUUGGAGUAAUUUGGACUUUAGCAUGUCUCAUGUCUCUGCCCUUUUUGACCACAUCCAUCUUGUCUAAUGAUUUGUAUGAGCAGCUCUCACACAUCAUGAAUUUUUCCACUGACAAGGCCAUAUGCAUUGACUCAUGGCCUUCUGAGCAACACAGACUUAUCUACACUACCACUUUACUGCUCUUGCAAUAUUGCAUCCCACUGUUCUUCAUUAUACUUUGCUACCUGCGUAUCUACUUACGUCUACAAAAGAGAAAGGACAUGUUUGAGAAGAGUGAAUAUAGCAGUCGAGCACUUCAGCUGAGAAGGAUAAAUAUUUUGUUAGCAUCCAUGGUUGCUGCUUUUGCUGUUUGCUGGUUACCACUGCAUGUUUUCAACACCAUUGUGGACUGGAAUUACAAAAUCAUUUCACCUUGCUACCAUAAUCUGAUCUUCUCAUUGUGCCACCUGGUAGCUAUGGCUUCCACCUGUGUCAACCCUGUUAUCUAUGGUUUCCUAAACAGCAACUUCAAAAAAGAAGUAAAGUCACUGAUUCUGAGCUGCCAGCAUAAUUCAGUAACUGCAUCAAUGGAAGAAUAUAAUCAUUUGCCUUUAUCCACCAUGCAGACUGAAAUUUCCAAAGGGUCACUGGUGUUGAACUGCAGACAUAAUUCUAUUUAGCUAGAAGAGGGGUGCACUGACACCACACACAAAUUAUUAGCUGUUGGUAUAAAAAGCAACUGGUGAUUCCCUAGCUGGGAUGUGAACAGGAACCCAUUGCUGCCUGAUUUUUGGAAGAACAGGCAAAGGAAUGUUGUAAAUGUAUAUAGUAGCUCCUAUGGUACACAAGUUGUUCAUGUCAUUGAGAUGGUACAGACAUUGAGACUGGGCUGAUGGAUACACAUCUGCUCUAACAAAUCAAUAAUUAAGUGGUGGAUGCACAUAGACUGACAUGGGUUUCAUCAGCUAAGAUCACAUCGCUACCAUGGCUGUAGUAGAAACCCAGACUUCCAGUUUCAGCACUGCAGGCUGCUAAAAGUUGUAUUAGAGAAGACUCUUUUUCAGUAUUAGUAAGAUUUUUAUGCACAGCUGACACACCAGUGGAACACAGAUAUGUAAAUACAUACAUUUUUGUGCUUUACUAACUCUCACAGACCAUUAGGUAACAGUAAUCUUCCAGCAGAUCUAGUUCACAUCAAACAACUGGAUGCUUGUAUGAAACCUCUCUCUGUCAUAUACGCUUCGGAAUAGCCAUUGCCUCUGCAAGUAGGAACACAGAACAACGACCUUGGUAUGUAAAGACAUCAGUUACUUAUUGAAGGAUGGUGGCAAAUGAAAAUGUUACUCAAGGGAUUAAACUCUUAAAACACAUUGAGAAGGUGCUGAGCAUUAUUUUUAAGCAAACGAAAAACAGUUGUAGAUCUACAUGGAAAUGAGUCUGGUUGACUUUGUAAUUCCUGCUGCUAUCAGUCACAAAGCUCUGCAAUGCUAAAACUGCAUGCCAUGGUGGUACUAGACAGCUGGAUUACUGGAGUUGUUCCACACCACUUGAAGAUGUCACUUCUGCUUCAGAAGUUCCUUGGUACUUUAAUUGCAAAGUAUCUCAUUCCCAAGGUCAGAACAGACAAAAAAAAACAUGUUGUAGAAACCAUGUCUUUUCAGAGUGGGUACUCUCCCAAAGAAAUAAGCAUAUGCAUGGAGGCUUUCAGUUUCUCGUUAAAAGAAAACCAGAUGUCAGAUACCAGUCCCACUUGCUGUCAUCAGCAACAGAGAUGGAGCUGAAAUUUCAUCCAAUCAGUAGAAGGUCAAUGAAAACACACAUGGAAUCCAGGUCAGGUUGAAGCCACGGUACAUGUAAAUAGGUAGUAUUGUCAAUUGCUCUGCUGAAGUGAGGGUCACGUCUUUUCACAUCUGCAGUAUCUUUAGUCUUUGUCCACAAAACCUACAAACCAUAAACUCAUUUUUAACCUCUGGAGCCAGAGACAUUGCUCAGUGACUAGUGAGAAACCAAGAAUUAGCUAUGCCCAAAAAGCCUAUAGUGAGCAAUGGAUUGAAAAACACAAAAGACAGCAAGUGUAAAAAGGAGAACUACCAGGUCAAUGACAAAGAAAUAUGGAAGCAUAUUUUGUAGCAGGUUGUUAAACUGACCUUAGCAGAAGACUGGACUAGGUGACCAUCUGAGGUAAUUUCCAAUCUGAAUUAUGCUAUGAUAAGCAGCCAUUAGUCAUAGUUGAGUUGAAGUAAAGUUAUGUUGAAGCAUAGCUGAAGUAUAGUUACACCGACAGCUAGAAAUCCCUUAGCUGGAAGCUCUCUGAUUAGACAAAUUGGUAAAUAGUUAGGUGAUGAAAAAAUUCUUCCCAUGUUGUGAUCUGACAGGCAAUAUGGAUGUUGGACAGAGUAUUUAAAGACAAGAACAAAACUUCAUGCUAUUAGGUAGCAAGAGCUAUCAACAAGCAUGAAAACGUAUCCUCAGCUGGCAAAAAUGUGAGUUAAUCCCUUGCCAUGAGCUGGGUAAACAGAAAUUGGUGGCAAAAUUUAAGCUUGGACUCGAAUUCUUAUGUGCAAAGUCUUAAGGCAGAAGUUGUUUUGAUGCAGUCACCCUUCUAAUUCUGGGCAGAAUCUGUAUAUCACAGUAAGAGUUCACAUGCAAUUACCUUUUGAAUCUUCCUCAAUUAUCUGGCAAGACAUUUUUACUUCUUUCAAAUGGACCUCUGCUUUCUUUUUUUGUUAUUUGCCACAGUAAGAUGUGAAGUUGUUUCUCUUGAUUUGCAUGCAAUGUAAUUUCUAGACUGGAUAUUGAAUCUGUUAGAAACAGAAAAAGAGGACUCAUUUUAUCUUAAAUGCAGCUUGAAACUUGUUACUGUAGCUGAAACUAAAGCUGAUACAACCAUGCGAUGCUGAGUAGUACAAAAUACAGUAAUUCCUCAUCAAAUUGAUUUAUACUGAAACUGUGUUGUAUUAUUUGAGGACUUAAAUACUGCUUAAACUUUGUAGUGUUUUUGUAGUUAGGAUCAAUUUCAUCCAAUUAGCCUUGAGUAAUUCUGCUUGUUUCCUGCACUUGUUAUAAUUCCAACAUUUAAUUAAGAUGUGUGUCAAGCUAUCAUAAAAAUACUCUGUUAAACAUGAACAUAGAAGAUUAUCUGAUGAUCUUACGUAUACAACUUUCCAAGCACCAGUAUCGUAAAUGGAAACACAAAUACCUUUAGAAUUUGUACUUCCAUGAACAUCUUUGUUGCUAGUUGUAAGUGAAAACUUUUUGAUAGAGCACUUACAGUAUGUCAGAGACCUGCCACUAGAGAUAUGCAUUGGCAUUGUGCAUCAGGUCCCAGUUCUUCCUGCAAAGGGUAGAAAUACCAGUGGGGUCUGACUGUUUAACUGUAAUUUGUGUGAUCAUUUGUAUCCAUGAUUACAAGUAAAUAUGUAAAGCAAGCAGAUCCAACUUCACAGUAACCCAGACAGACAUAAGAGGAUAUAACUUCCUCUAGUGAUUAAGGGAAGUGUCACAUUUGAAGUCAAGUACUGUUUAUUGCUAACAGACUUUGGACUAGAUAAACUAAAGGAUCUAAACACUAAAAGCUACCAAACCGCACCCAUACAUCUAACUGAAAACAUGCAGAUCCUCAAAACUCCCAACAAGAUGCUGCCUGUCCAUUUACUUACAUCCCAUUCUGAGGUACAUGUUUUUCAUCCUCUAAAAUUCCCUAGGUAACUAAACAAACUUUAGAGUAAACUCAUAAAAAAAAAAAAACAAAAAAACAAAAAAACAAAAAACAAAACCCAAAAAAACAAACCAAACCAAAACACCAAAACAAAAAACCAACCUAAAUUCCAAAGGAUUAAGCAUCUAUGCCAUGUGUAACCCCUAAUCUUUAUUUUCAUACUAGUUACCCUGCUGGCACAAAUAUCUAUAACAAGAAAGGUGCUUUUAUCACCACCUCUUCAUUCUGUGUGAAUAUCAAGGCUUAUGCAGCUGUUCACAAAUGCAGUAGAGGAUAUUAUGAUGCUAGUUUUUAAGAACUCCUCUAGCAACUGUUCCUUGUUCUCUUUGAAGGCAAAGGUACAAAGCUGGGUGCAAUUAUACCUGCAUGGUUGAAAGAGCUUUUUUGUUUGUCACUUUGAGGCUUUAAUGCAACCAGGGUGGGCUAUGUCUCUCUGAUACCAGAGGGUAACCAAACCAGAAUAGCUCACUUCUUAGAUAUGAACCUUAUUUGUUAUUUACAAAUGGAUAAGAUGUAUCGAGCAUUUUUGUUUUCAUUGUAUACAGUGAUGUUUUUGAGUCUGCUCUUUACAAAGUUCUGCUACUGAGUUACAAAUACAAUGUCGGGGAAAUAUGCAGGAGUUGUGCAAAUCAUGAGUUCAUACAAUUCUAAGAUGUUACCUAGGUUUCUGGGUUUUAUUUUUUUGUUGUUGUUGUUGUUUGGUUGGUUGGUUGGUUUUGUUGGUUUUUUUUGUUGUUGGUUUUUUUUUUUUUUCCUCAAGCUUUUAAUAAUCCUGAUUGUUGUGAUGUGUUGUAAGAAGAUGGUAAGAUUUUCAGAUCAAGAAAACUACUUAUUGCUGUGAUAUAAGUGGCACGCUUUAGGGACUUUAAUAAUAACAAAUAAAGUAAUAUUGCCUGUGUUAUUUCA